CCUCGGUGCUGCGCAGCGUCCUUGCUCCUAGCUUUUGGCGCUGCCGGCUGGCGCGCGGCGGCCCAGGCCAAAGGAACGUGUCUUCUGGAAAGGGCGUGUGGGCCCCCCUUCCAGUUCGUGAGACGCGGGAUGGAGCCAUGACGUCGUGCUGUCAGUACUGCCAGAUGCCGCGGGCGGUCCCCUGAGGACGCUUUGUGCCUAAAACCCCCGACCCCCUCCACUGUUUAAUUGUGCUAAAGAGGAAACGUUUAGGAGAAACUUUUAACUUGGCACUAUGGGGAUACAUGGAUUGCUGCAAUUUAUCAAAGAAGCUUCUGAACCUAUACACAUAAGGAAGUAUAAAGGGCAGGUGGUAGCUGUGGAUACAUAUUGCUGGCUUCACAAAGGAGCUGUUGCUUGUGCAGAAAAGCUAGCCAAAGGUGAACCUACUGAUAAGUAUGUAGGAUUUUGUAUGAAAUUUGUAAAUAUGUUACUAUCUCAUGGGAUCAAGCCUAUCCUGGUAUUUGAUGGAUGUACUUUACCUUCUAAAAAGGAAGUGGAAAAGUCUAGAAGAGAACGACGACAAGCCAAUCUCCUUAAGGGAAAGCAGCUUCUUCGUGAAGGGAAGGUCUCAGAAGCCAGAGAAUGUUUCACACGUUCUAUCAAUAUCACACAUACUAUGGCCCACAACGUAAUUAAAGCUGCUCGGUCUCAGGGAGUAGACUGUCUUGUGGCCCCAUAUGAAGCGGAUGCACAGCUGGCCUAUCUUAACAAGGCUGGCAUUGUACAAGCCGUAAUCACGGAGGACUCUGAUCUCCUUGCUUUUGGCUGUAAAAAGGUUAUUUUAAAAAUGGACCAGUUUGGAAAUGGACUAGAAGUUGAUCAGGCUCGUCUGGGAAUGUGCAAACAGCUUGGGGAUGUGUUCACAGAAGAGAAGUUCCGUUAUAUGUGCAUUCUUUCAGGCUGUGACUAUCUUUCAUCACUGCGUGGGAUUGGAUUAGCCAAGGCCUGCAAACUACUAAGACUAGCCAACAAUCCAGAUAUUUUAAAGGUCAUCAGGAAAAUUGGACAUUAUCUCAAGAUGAAUAUAACAGUACCAGAAGAUUACAUCAAAGGAUUUAUUCGGGCCAACAAUACCUUCCUCUAUCAGCUUGUUUUUGAUCCCAUCAAAAGGAAGCUCAUCCCUCUGAAUGCCUAUGAAGAUGACAUUGAUCCCAAAACACUAAGCUAUGCUGGGCAGUAUGUUGAUGAUUCUAUAGCUCUUCAAAUAGCACUUGGGAAUAAAGAUAUAAACACUCUCAAGCAGAUCGAUGACUACAAUCCAGACACUGCCAUGAACUUCUAUCAGUUAGGUCUGGUUGCUCUGAAGGCAGAUGGGUAUGAAUUGACCAUAUUGGACAGAUUGAAGAUGAGGGCCCAGGAGCCAUAUAAUCCUUUUCUCAGCCCUCCGCCUACUUGCGGCCUCCGUGAAGAGCUGUCAGAAGAUGAUAUGUUGGAUCAAUAUUCUACUUCCUUUACAAAGAAGAUCAAGAGAAAUAGUUGUGAAGGUAAUAAGUCAUUGAACUCUUCUGAACUGUUCAUGCCUGACCUGGUAGAAGGAACUACUGCUAAAAAAACCUUAAGCACACCACUGACUACAAGAAACAGAUUUGCAACAUUUUUACAGAAGAAAAAUGAAGAAAGUGGUGCAGUUGUGGUGCCAGGCACCAGAAGCAGAUUUUUUUCCAAUUCUCUGGAUUCUGCUGACUGUAUAUCAAAGAAAGCAAGCAGCCAGCCUCUAGCUGAAACUGCUGUCACAGAUAAAGAAACCAAUGGAGGUGAACCAGAUUGUCUAGAGGACCAGAAGUUGGAUGAUACCAGUGUAUCGCAUAAUUCCGGUGAACAGAUUCCAGAUGAUGUGACUGUGAUGGCUGAAGAGUCUCAGUCUUUUAAGACCAGCACAUUCACGAGGACCAUCUCACCACCCACCCUGGGGACACUAAGAAGUUGUUUCAGUUGGUCUGGAAGUCUUGGAGAUUUUUCAAGAACUCCGAGCCCCUCUCCAAGCACAGCAUUGCAGCAGUUCCGUAGAAAGAGUGAUCCUUCCACCUCUCUGCCUGAGAAUACUGAGAUGUCUGAUGUAGCUCCGUUAAAGAGUGAUGAGUCAACUGAUGAAUCACAUCCCUUACAUGAUGUGGGUUGGUCUUCACAGUCUCAGGAAAGCAUGGACUUGUCACCACACAAUUUAAAUGCAUCAAAACUUUCUCAGCCUUCUAGUAAGGAUUCAGAUUCAGAGGAAUCUGAUUGCAAUUUUAAGCCACUUGAUAAACAAGGUAAUCAGAAAUCCAAGCUACACUUGUUUCAUUUUUCGAAGAAAGACACGCUUCUAAGAAACAAGAUUCCUGGGCUGUAUAAAUCCAGUUCUGUGGACAAUCUUUCUACAACCAAGAUCAAACCUUUAGUACCUGCCAGAGCCAGUGGGCUGAGCAAGAAGCCAUCAAGCAUCUGUAAGAGAAAUCAUCACAAUGCCGAGAACAAGCCAGGACUGCAGAUCAAAAUCAAUGAACUCUGGAAAAAUUUUGUAUUUAAAAAAGAUUCUGAAAAGCUUCCUUCUUGUAAAAAGCCAGAUCCCCUGUCUCCAGUCAAAGAUAACAUCCAGCUAACUCCAGAAGAAGAGGAUAUAUUUAACAAUUCUGAAUGUAUGCGUGUUCAGAGAGCACUAUUCCAGUAAACGCAAGCAGCUGGGAGACUGUUGCCUGCAAGAGAAUCUCUAUCAAUUUCAAGUCCUGUUUGGAAAUGAGGCCAUUCUGAAAGAUUUGUUCUUAGAUCUAUGCUAUUUAUUUUAAAUAGAACACAAUUUUUUAUAAUAAUUGUGUAACUGUUCUUGUUUGGCUUUUUAUAUUUUUGUAAGAAGCUAACUAGAGAAAUAACUUUGGAAAAUCUACUCUACGACUUCCCCUGUGGUCCAGAGGCUAAGACUCCUUACACCCAAUGCAGAGGACCUGGGUUCGACCCCUGA